GAAAAUAUUGAUCAAAAUUAUAUUAUUAGUUUAAAUAAUGAUAUUUCAGAACUAAAUGAUAAUCUAAAAAAAUACGUAACAGAUUUGAAUCAGGAUGUUAUCGUUAAUAUGGAAGAAAUUAAAAAGCUUUUAUUGCUUUAUAAAUGUCCAAUUAAAAUUACAAAUCAAAAAGAUGAUCAAUUACUUAUUCAAGCAGUUUUACAACGCCAUAUUAUUGAGACAAUAUUAUCCUAUGCAACAAAAUACUUUCAAAGUACAGGACAACAUUAUCAUCUUGAAGCAAAUAUUGUUAAUAAAGCAUCUUUAUUAUCCAUAUUAUUAACUAACAUUUCGAAGUAUCGUACUGGAAACGAUGAAAUAGCACAUGUAGCAACAACAAAAUUGCGUCAGCAUAUAUAUUCAAUCCUUAAUAAUCGUGGAUUUGCCAAUAUAUAUGGAGAAGACCAUAUUACAUAUGAGCAUCCUUUCAUUGCUUAUCAUAAAGAAGAAUUAAACAAAACUAUGAGUGAAUUACGUAUUGUUAAAGGUCAAGAGAAACUUGCAUCCGAAAAUUUGGCAGCAAUUAUAAUUUGUGAAGUUGUAAAGAUAUUUUGGUUUAGGUUGAAAGUUCACGAAUCUGUUGUACAGUAUGUUUGGGUUCCAUAUAAUGUUAAAGUAGAUGAAAUGUUUAUGGAAGGAAGCAAUCUUGAUGAUAAUGAUGAAGAAAAUUUGUGUGUUGGUUUGUGUUAUUUUCCUUUAAUUGGAAGAGAUCUUACAUUAAUUGACAAAAAAGUUUUUGUUUCUGCAAAAGUCUUUACAAAAAAAUCCUUGAAAUAAUUUAUUUGUUAAUUCAAUGU